AUGGCCGCAGCUGCCGUCACCGUCCCCGGUGGCGCCGGCGCAUCGGGCGUGAUCCCAUGCCCACUGCCCGCGACUGUGGAAGAUGCCAUUUGCGCUGCGCAAAAGAUGCAGCCAGGUGGCUGGAAGAAUGCCGUGCUUUCCCAGGGUGUCCAACAUUUAAAACCAGGCACUGCCCUGGAAGCUGCUGCGUAUACCUUGGUGAGCUACGAUACCUUAGGCAGCCGUGCGAUCAACGUCCCACAAACGGAAUGCCGUGGUAUCAGCUUGAAGCAGCUGUCGCAGCUGGUGGAUUUCAUCCGUGACCAUGCGCACCUCUGGGUGGAGACGUACUCUGGCAGCCCAAACUUUGAACAGCCGUUGGAGCUGCAGACCUUCAAUCUCUACCACACAUCUCAUUGGGUCAUAAAGCCAGCCACCCUGCGGUAUAGGUGCAGCUUCGUGGAGCUAGUUGCCAAAGACGCAGAAACGCAGUUCCCGUGCUGGUUUGUUAGCCAUGCGUGGCAAGAAGCCGUGUGUCGCUUUGUUGCUUGCCUGCGCCAGCACGCGGAACUGCGGAAUGCCGUGGGACUAGCAUACUGGGUCUGUGCGUACGCAAAUAAUCAACACAAGCUGCAGGAGUGCUGUGCUCAUGACAUCUCAUGGCUUUGGCGAUUUAAAGUUUGGAUUCAAUCCCAAAUCAUGGUCACGAAAACUAGCGGUAGCUAG